GUGGACGGCAGCAAAACACGCUCCUAGGGCGAUUCUGCCCAUGCCAUGGCCUCUGAUGGCGACUUUUCGGCCGAGCUCAGCGAGGUGGAGGUCAGUGGCAGCGUGCCCCUGGACGACGGCGAGGAGGUCGACACCAGUGAGCCAGGGGAGUUGCCCUCUUACAGCUCCCGCGAGAGCUGGGAGCCCAUCGGUGCCGCCGAGUUGGAAGCACGGCUGCGCCUGCACCCAGACGCAGGCCUUCGAUUGCCGGCAGCUGCCCUGCGAUCCCCGCGGUCCCCGCGGUCCCCGCGGCCGCUUCAGCCGCUUCAGCCGCAGCCGCAGCCCCCGCCCCCGCAGCCAGUGGUGGUGACGAUCGACCGCUCAGCACAUGAGCUCCAAGGCUCGGUUCAGCUGCUGGCGGAACAGCAGCGCCUGCAGGCCAAGGAGCUGGCGGGAUUGAAAAAGGACACGGCCACGCAGGGUGAAAAUGCGGAGCUGCGGAAGGCCGCCGGCAGCGCAGCGGAGCGCCUGAUGCGCGCGGAGGCGGAGGCGCGCUGGGCGCGGCAGGAGGCCAUCGCCAACAGCCGCAAGGCGCAGCUCUUGGAGGAGAAGCUCGCCUUCGGGGAGAAGCAGCUGGAGGAGCUGAAGGCGAGGCUGGAGGAAGAGGCGGUGAGUCACCGGAGCCGCGUGGGGCAUUUGGAGGAGAAGCUCUUCCUGAAGGAGUCCCGCGCCUCAGAGCUACAGCUCAAGCUGGAGACGGACUCCGACGCGCACUCCCGGCGGGUCAUUUUUCUGGAGAACCUCCUGGCGUCUCGGGACGAGAAGAUCCGGGAGCUGCAGGAGAAGGUGGACAAGGACUACCGCCUCGUGUUCCAGGACUCGGAGGCCCACGCGCGGCGCGCGCAGCUGCUGGAGGAACAGCUGCAGGUCAGGGACGAGAAGGUGGCGGAGCUGCAGGCGAAGGUCGACAGCCUGCGGGAGAAGAAGAAGGAGCUCGCCCGCAAAGCGGAGCUGGAGCAGGUGAACACCACGCAGGAGGUCCGCGAUCAGAUCAACGGAGAGAUCCGGCGCUUUCAAGAGAAGGCGCAGGCGGACAUCGAGGCGGUGCGCGUCAACAUGACGGCGUUGCAUCAGAAGGAGGUCUCGCUGCUCCAGGACCGCGCCUCCGCAGCGGAGGAGCGUUGUGCCUCUCUGCAGACGCGCCUUGACAACGAGGAGCAAGGGCACCAGACGCUUCAACUCUCCUUCAGCCGAGUGAGGGCAGAGCUCCAGAAUGAGAUCACCGAGCUGAACGGGAGCUUAAAACUCAAGAUGUUCGAGAUCGAGCGGGCUGGCUUGACGCUGGACGAAGUCGGCUCCGCCCGCCAGAAGUUGGACGUGGAGAACGAGCAGCUGAGACGACAGAUGGAGGUGCUGCGGCAGGAGUACUACAACUUGGAGCUGCAGUCCAAGGAGGGCCGCGCCGCGGAGCGCGCGGAGCUGGCCACGCUGCGGGAGCAGCUUCGGGGGUACCAUGACCUUGAGAAGGACUUGGAUGCCACCAUUAAGGCCUGCGCCGAGGCGCCCACGGCGGAUGCGCAAGAGGCGCUGCUGAUUGGCACCACGCUGGGCAGUGCGCCGGCCAGCGCCCAGCGCCGGAUCCAGCAGAGCCUUCUGCUGGCGCAGGAGCUUCAGCGUGCCAACCGCCAGCAGCGGCAGACCGCCGUGAAAUUGGAAGAGGCCCAACAGGAGCUGCACCGCCUGAAGCAAGAACUGGAGGCUGCCCAAAUGGAGUCCCGAGCUGCUCGCUGCACAGAGCCCCAGGCGUACCUGCACACUGCGCUGAGGGAGCGGCAAGGCGAGGCCAGCCGCGUGAAGCGUGAGCUGCGGGCCUGCCAGCAGGAGCUAGACGCAGCGCAGCAGGCCGCCGAGCGCGCCCAGACCGGGCGCCUGCGAGCGGAGGAGGACCUCCGAAAGCUGCUGUUGCAGCGGCAGCACUUGGAUGAGCUGCGGAGCCUAGUGACCAGUGACAAGCUCCCGUCCAAAGCUGUGAAGUCCCUGACGGACAGCAUCAAGUCGCGCGUGCCGGCGUGAGGGGACACCGAGAGCCCAAACGUGGCGUGGGGAUCUGGCUCAAAAAGCCGGCCUGCAUGAAAUUCAGGGGUAAGGGGUUCAUUUGCCGGACUCUGGGCAGCUGAAAUGGGAGCAGAGGGUUGAACUUC